AUGGCUACCCCCACGCGUGCAUCUCGAAUCCGUAAGAAACCCUCGAAUCUCAACGCAAUGCAAAUCACUAACAUUGAGCCAGGCAAUCCCGCGCUCUUCAUCUGCGAUAUCCAAGACAAAUUCCGCGGUGGAAUCUACGAGUUCACCAAAGUCGUCUCAACGACAGAAAAAAUGCUCCGCGCAGCCUCGUCUCUCCAACUCCCCGUAUUCGUAACAACCCAAAGCCGCGCCAAACUCGGCAACACCGUGCCAGAACUCCAGCAACACCUCAACGGCCCACAUAUCCGAGCUGAUGUAGACAAAACCCUCUUCUCAAUGAUAACCCCGGAAAUUGAGAAGCUACUCCCAGCCCCAGGCUCAACCCCGCUCGAUGUGAUAAUCGUCGGAAUCGAGACGCACAUUUGCGUGACGCAGACGACGCUCGAUCUCCUCGAGCGCGGUCACCGCGUUUACAUCCUCGUCGAUGGCGUUAGCAGUAUUAACCCCGAGGAGAGGGGGAUUGCGCUUGCUAGACUGAGGGAUGCUGGAGCUGUUGUUACGAGUAGUGAGAGUGUGCUUUUUGAGAUUCUUGGUGAUGCUUCGCACGAGGCGUUCCGGGCUGUUAGUGGGCUUGUUAAGGAGACUAAAGAGAGCACAAAGGGGGCUUUGGGUGUUUUUUCGAAGAUUUGA